GAAACCCCCUCACACAGCUUCUUGAAACUUGAAAGCCAAGCUUAAAUAUUUCUUUUAGCGUAAGACCACAGAAGUUCGUUCAAGAAAUAGAAACGGAUCGAUUGCAAUGGCAAGCAAGAGCUCGUCGUCGCAUUCUUCAACUCGGGUCUGCCUUUGCUCUCCGACCAAUCACCCUGGGUCUUUCAGGUGCAGCCUCCAUAGGAAUUCGGAUAGAGUUUCAAGCAAAUCGGCGGCGACGCCCCAUGUUAAUAGACAGAGGGAGCGUCAGUCGAAGGCGGCGAUGAUGUUGAUGAUGUCUAACGUAUCAUCGUCAUCGUCGAAAUCAAGCUUGAUCAAAGCCUUUCUGAUGCAGAUCAUUAGACCUUCUUCCACCCACAUCGAUCUUCAAAGGAGGCGCAAUUUCCACCCCAAACCUUCAAGGUUUAGUUCACUCAACACCUCUGCUAAUGGAGUGACGGUUUCUUGAUCAUCUUUUAGGUCUUCUUCAAUUCAGAAUUUUGAGUUCUUUCUGUAUAUAAGAGACGUUCAAACUUUUAAACCGACGGGGAUUAUUCAGGGGAGCGGUGAAUUUCGGAUUUAUUUUCUUUCUGUAAUUGUUUGUUUGUUUUUUUUUUUUUUUGCUUACUUUCGGAUAUUAUAUAUUAAAAAAUAUAUGUUUCUGGCUUUUUUCCCCCUGAAUUUAUGUCUCUUGUUAUGUUUAAGGUAGAUUAUAAGAUAUACAUGGAAUGUAGUAUACAAAUUAAACAUGAAUCUGAAACAAAUAAAUAUGAUCUGUUUAUUUAAAUAUAA